UCCCUUAGUCUCCUCCUCCCUAAGCCUCCUCGCCAAGCCACCUCGUCAGGCCCACUUCUCCUCCUCCUGCACACUUCAUUUACUUUCUGGCUUGGAUACGGCGAACAUCAACGACAUGACUCUCCAGCGAGGAGCUUUUAUCCUUCUCUUUCUUCACGCCUGGAGUGUGUGGGCCACAGUGGAUGUGACUAUGCCUGAGAGUGUUGAAGUCUACGUGGGCGACUCGGCCGAGAUCCCAUGCCAGUACAAUUUCACCGACGUCAACAGUGUGCCCAACCUGGUUAUGAUCCAGUGGUUUGUGAAAGCUGAGCGAAGCAGCAUGCGGAUCCGCAUAUACUAUGGUGAUGACAAGGAUACGAUGGUGGACCAGAAUACGGAGUACAGUGGUCGCAUCCAGGUAACUUUGGACCAGCAGGGGACCCUCCUCAGCAUCCAGGAGGUCCAGCUUUCGGACGAGAGGGAGUUCUUCUGUGUGGUGAACGGUCUGGCUGCUGGCAGCAUGGAGAGCAGGACCCACCUCAAGGUGUUUGCUCCCCCAGAUGCUCCAGUAAUCAGUGGUGUCGAAACUGGUAUAUCUGUAACACAUGAGAUGCCGUCAAAGGUGGCAACCUGUGAGGCCCGCAAUGGCUUUCCCAAGCCCAACAUCACCUGGUACAGGAACAACAUGCCUCUAGUGCCUGCAGAGGGACGUGUCAAUGUGUGGACUGCCGAUAGAGCUGAGUCCAGUGGACUGUACUCGGUGCAGAGCACGCUGGAAUACACGGUGCACAAGGAGGACAAGGAUGCUAAUUUUUCCUGUGAGGUCAGCUUCUUUGUGCCAGGGGCCAUCAGGACUGUGGAGUCCAACAGCGUCAGCAUCAGCAUUCACUACCCCACCACCAUGGUGGAGCUUUGGAGGGAGUCACCUCAGGGAUUGGUCAAAGAGGGGGAUACUGUGGAGCUGCGUUGCCACGGUGACGGCAACCCCCCGCCGAGCUUCAUUUUCAGCAGGGAGCAUGACCCGGAUGUGGACCUGGAGGGCCGUGGCAGCGUGUUGAUGCUGCAGGCGGUGUCGCGCAAAGACAGCGGCAUCUACCAGUGUCGCACCCUGGACAUCAACACCCGCCACAAGGUCAAAGGAGAGAUGCAGCUCACUGUGCACUACCUGGACCCAGCUGUGAUGGUCCCCAAAGAAUCAGAGGCCAUGUUCAAAGGUGAAGAUUUGACUGCAACAUGCAACGCCUUGUCUUCCCUGAAAACAUCUACCAUCUGGUACAAGGAUGGUAAGAUGGUGAGUCAAGGAAACACACUACACCUGCAGGACGCCACCUACGAAAUGGCAGGAGAGUACGUAUGCGAGGUGACUGUACCCUCCCUGCCCACCCUGCACACCAGUGGCACCAUUCACAUUGUUGUUCACGGUGGUCCUCAGCUGGUGGGCGAGGAGCAGGAGGUGCAGCUGGAGGAGGCCGUGGGCAGGAUGGUGAACCUGAGCUGCGAGGCACGGGGCCACCCUGCGCCCAGCAUCACGUGGAUCUUUGUCGGAAGCCAUAGCUGGUACGAGGUAGUCAGCAAAUCAAACGACUACAUGACCCGCAGCGUGGUGUCAGUCGCCAUCGACUCGGACAUAAGCGCCCUGUGCAACGCGUCCAACGACAUGGGCGCUGACGUCAGAGCCUUCAGCGUCAAAGCCAUUCCCCUGGUCACCUCAAGCGCUCCCUUCUCUCCCGUGGAGGGCAGCGGCGUGAUCAUCGUGGUGAUCAUCCUGUGUCUGCUGCUGCUCGCCAUCCUGGGCAGCGUCCUCUACUUCCUGCACAAGAAGGGCAAGAUCCCCUGCGGACGCUCGGGGAAGCAGGAGAUCUGCAAAGAGAAAACCACCAAAGAUGACAUCGUGGUAGAGAUGAAGACCGAAACAAAGAGCGAGGACACCGUGCUCCUGAAGGCCAUCAACGGGGGCAAAAACGGCCCGAGUGAGCAGUAAAGUUGCGCAAGGAUCAGCGGGGUCGUGCCCACUAAGAAGACAAGGAGCUGAUCUGAGACCAGCAGGGACACCAAUCACAGUGCACACUCCAUACAACAUCAGCAGCAGUAUUCACCACACACACACACACACACACACACACACACACUGACUUUUGAAUGAAUGUUUGUCGUUAUUUUUUCUCAACUUUCCCAGCCAUCGUGGUCGUGGUUUUGGCUUCGUGUUUCAUCCUCCAUCAAAAAGUGUACAUAUUAUAUAUAUAUUUUGUUAUUUAAGAUAUUUUCACACACGUGUUAAACUCCCUGGUCGCGGCGUGCGGGUUCACAACAACUGCUGUCAAGCCCUGCCCCCGCCCCUCAUACUGUUUGUAAAUACACCACUUGCCAGCGGACUGUUGCCAGGCGGAGUUCACAGGUGCACAGGCGCUCAAGGUUGGCGAUCUGCUGUGCCCUUUGGUUGUGUUUUUUGAGAAUGUGUCAGACACUGAAUUUGAGUAUUUUCUUCUUUUUGUUUGUGUUUCAAAGGGCCAUUUACUUUACUCCCGUCUUGAUACAAUUUAUGUUUCAUAUCCGUGCUAGUUUGGCCUGCGUGGCACAAAGGGACAAUGAGCGUUAGGAUUCAUACCACAACAUGCAGGGACACUUUUGUGAGCAUCAUAUAUUGUUCUUUGUGUUAGAUCUUGGCAGUUGAGAUGUGCGGUGUUCCAAAAGUCUUUUGUACAAGCAGGACGAGACAUUGUUUUUAUUUUAUGUUUCUUCUGAAAAAAACAAUUGUGUGUAAAUUAAAUACUGUACAUGUGAUUCUUUUGAUGCUUGCGUUUUUUUUAAAUACGUUUUUGCAAGAAAAUGCCAAAUAAAAGAAGUUUUUUUUUUCAA